GAACCAUUUCCAUUUUGCUAUUUUAUUGAAGAGGAGAAUAAAAGCGAAAUCAAUAAAUGAAAGUCUUCAUAGCUUUCGUGGUGCUGACCGUUUCCUCGGCUCUAGGCAAAGAUUUACGGUGUCCACUCAAUCUUGAACCGCAGGAAUUGGCCCCAUAUCCGUAUGAUUCAACUAGAUAUUACAAAUGUCUACCCACUGGAUUACUCCAAGUUCUAUCGUGCCCUAAUGGCCAAGUUUUUUCUCUAAUCCAACGUAUGUGUACUGAAUUCGAUUAUGGUCAUGGCGAAAUCGAACCCGCAACGCCUGCACGUACAACGAGUGCCUCACCUAAGCGACUAGAUUGUGCUCAUGGUGAUUUAGAGGAUAUAUCCAAUUCAAACGAGGCAGGAAUUCGAAAUGAUGAGUGUACUUGUCCUGAAACUACUCCAUGUCCAGUAGAUCCGACGACUACUACAACCACCACCACAACAACUCCCUGCUCGUGUCCUGAAACAACACCGUGUCCUGUUCCGACAACUACAACACAAGGGCCAACAACAACGUCAACAACACCUACGCCAACAACAACGACGACUACAACAACAACGACUACAACAACAACGACUACAACAACAACGACUACAACACAAGCACCAACAACUACCACAACAACAACAACAACAACUACCACCACGACAACAACAACACAAGUGCCACCAACUACAACAACACAAGCGCCAACAACUACAACAACACAAGCGCCAACAACUACAACAACACAAGCGCCACCAACUACAACAACACUUUGCCCUUGUCCCGAAACUACACCCUGUCCUGAUCCACCGACAAUGACAACAACAACACAAGCGCCACCAACUACCACCACGACAACAACAACACAAGCGCCACCAACUACCACCACGACAACAACAACACAAGCGCCAACAACUACCACCACGACAACAACAACACAAACAACACAAGCGCCAACAACCACAACAACACAAGCGCCAACAACCACAACAACACAAGCGCCAACAACCACAACAACACAAGCGCCAACAACCACAACAACACAAGCGCCAACAACCACAACGACACAAGCGCCAACAACCACAACAACACAAGCGCCAACAACCACAACAACACAAGCGCCAACAACCACAACAACACAAGCGCCAACAACCACAACAACACUUUGCCCUUGUCCCGAAACUACACCCUGUCCUGAGGAUCCGCCGACAAUGACCACAACAACUCAACCACCGACAACGACCACAACAACACAAGCACCAACAACAACUACGCAAGCACCACCACCAACAACAACUACACAAACACCAACAACAACUACUACUACCCAAGCAACAACUACAACUACUACUACACAAGCACCAACAACUACUACACAAGCACCAACAACUACUACACAAGCACCAACAACUACUACACAAGCACCAACAACUACUACACAAACACCAACAACUACUACACAAGCACCAACAACCACAACAACACGUUGUCCGUGCCCAGACCCUACACCUUGUCCAACAGAUCCACCAACUGGUUCCCCGCCAACUGGUUCUCCGCCAACAGAUCCACCAACAGGCUCUCCACCAACUGAUCCGCCAACUGGUUCCCCGCCAACAGAUCCACCAACAGGUUCCCCACCAACUGGUUCUCCGCCAACAGAUCCGCCAACAGGUUCUCCACCAACUGGUUCUCCGCCAACAGAUCCACCAACAGGUUCUCCACCAACUGGUUCUCCACCAACAGAUCCACCAACAGGUUCUCCACCAACUGGUUUGCCACCAACAGAUCCACCAACUGGCUCACCUCCAACUGGUUCGCCUCCAACAGAUCCACCAACUGGUUCGCCACCAACUGGCUCUCCGCCAACAGAUCCACCAACAGGUUCGCCACCAACUGGUUCGCCACCAACUGGUUCGCCACCAACAGAUCCACCAACUGGUUCGCCACCAACUGGCUCUCCGCCAACAGAUCCACCAACUGGCUCACCUCCAACUGGUUCGCCGCCAACAUAUCCACCAACUGGCUCACCUCCAACUGGUUCGCCUCCAACAGAUCCACCAACUGACUGCCCAAUUGAAUGCGAAGAUGGCUCAGCUGAAACCUCACCCGGCACUACUACUACAACACCAAUACCAACUGAUGAUUGCCAAAGUGGUGAAGAAGACAUUACUCGACCUAUCGUCACAACACCGGGUCCAUGCUAAGGAUAACUC